GCCGGGCCGGGCCGGGGCGCGAUGAGCCGCGGCGAGCUUUUCCAGGUGUACAGCGCGCGGGCCGUCGCCCCCCCAGCCAUGCCCGUGGACCUGGCCGUGCGGCUCUGCCUGGGCCACUCGCCCCCCAUCCGCAAGCUGCUGAACUCCUACGAGGAGCUGCGGGGCAGCCGGGCGCGCAAACCCCUCCGCUCCUGUCUCAACCAGAAGCUGAGCGCGGAACACGAGCCUGAGCGGCGAGACAGCACCAAGAGCUCCAAGAGCCAGAAGAAGAAGAGGGUCGUGUUUGCCGAUAUGAAAGGGCUCUCGCUGACAGCCGUCCGUUUCUUCUCAAAGAUCGAGGAGGACCUCUGUGAUUUGCAGCAUGCCCUGUCAGACCUCGCUUGCUUCCGACCCAGGCUGCAGGACUCACGCCCAGAAGUUUGCAGGUACGUGCUGGACUUCCCACAGCCCUCUUCAGACUAUGCGGCUUUCCGCAGCCGCCUGCACAGCAACCUGGUCUGCCUGGAGAGCUGCCUGGUCCAGGACCGUGCCCUGUCAGGGACAGUGAAGGUCAGAAACAUCGAGUAUGAGAAGAAAGUCACGGUCCGCAUCACUUUUGAUGGCUGGAAGAGCUUCCGAGACAUCUCCUGCCAGUACAUGCAUAGCACAUAUGGCUCGGCUGACACAGACACCUUCUCCUUCGAGCUCUCACUGCCCAAGUCAUCCAGCUCCCGCAGGGCCACAGAGUUCUGCAUCUCCUUUCAGUGUGGGCAGAAGACCCACUGGGACAACAACCAUGGGAGGAACUACAAGAUCUGCCAUGUGGGCGUGAUCCGCCCUCCCUCCCAUGCCGUGAAGAGUGCCAACGGGGCCCGGGAGCAUCUUGGCGCCUCCCGGGCUGCCGCCCUUGUCCUCUCUCACCUGCAGACCUGGCGGCGCUCAGAGACUCAAGCCCCUUACUGGUAGGAAAGCAGCGGGUGGAGAGGCAUAGGUCCCUUCCUUCCAUGUCCCUGCUGCGGUGCGGGGCUCACCGGGGCGGGGGCCAGCAGCGGGAGGUGCCGCUCCCGGUUUGUUAGCUCCUCCACGCCUCCGGCCCGCCGCUGGGCGAGCAGCUGCCGCUCUUCACGGGACCUUCAAGGCUGGCCCUGCCGCACCGCCUGGGAGCUGCUCCGGGUGCGAUUCCCGUCGGUACCUUCUGCAGGCACCGCUGCCGUGAGAGGCAGGGACAGCGGGACGGACGGGCUGCUGCGACCCACAGCCGGCGACGGGACCGGGGGCGGGG